AUGGGUAAAAUUCUCCGAGAAACCGCGAAACCAUCAUCCAGUUCAUGUUCUCCGUCUUCCUCAUCGGAACCGGCGACAACCUCGUCGACUUCGAUCACGGAGACAGUGAAAGGCUCUCACCAGUUCAAGAUCACGGGGUACUCGUUGUCGAAGGGGAUCGGGAUUGGGAAGUACAUCGCGUCGGAUAUAUUCUCUGUGGGUGGGUACGAUUGGGCCAUCUAUUUCUACCCUGAUGGAAAGAGUGUUGAGGAUAAUGCUACCUAUGUGUCCCUCUUCAUCGCGCUCGCUAGCGAAGGCACUGAUGUUAGAGCUCUGUUUGAGUUGACCCUUUUGGAUCAGAGUGGGAAAGAGAGGCAUAAGGUUCAUAGUCAUUUCGAGAGGACUCUUGAAAGCGGGCCUUACACCUUAAAAUACCGCGGCAGUAUGUGGGGUUACAAGCGGUUUUUUAAGAGGACGGCUUUAGAGACAUCAGACUACCUUAAAGAUGAUUGCCUCUCUGUAAAUUGUAGUGUUGGUGUUGUUAGGUCACGCACAGAAGGCCCGAAGAUAUAUUCCAUUGCAAUACCACCUUCUAACAUUGGUCACCAAUUUGGUCAACUGCUGGAAACUGGUAUAGGAAAUGAUGUGAGUUUUGAAGUGAAUGGGGAAGUUUUUACUGCUCAUAAAUUGGUGCUAGCGGCUCGUUCACCUGUUUUCAGAGCCCAACUUUUUGGUCCUAUGAAAGAUCACAAUACCCGGUGUAUUAAAGUUGAAGACAUGGAAGCUCCAGUAUUUAAGGCAUUGCUUCAUUUUAUAUACUGGGACUCACUGCCUGACAUGCAAGAGCUUACCGGUAUGAACACAAAAUGGGCAACAACCUUGAUGGCCCAACAUCUUCUAGCGGCUGCUGAUCGGUAUGCCUUAGAGAGGCUCAGGCUUAUCUGUGAAGCGAGUCUAUGUGAAGAUGUUGCCAUAAAUACCGUGGCAACGACUUUAGCCUUGGCAGAGCAGCACCACUGUUUCCAGCUGAAAGCAGUCUGUCUCAAGUUUAUUGCUACCUCCGAAAAUCUCAGAGCUGUGAUGCAAACUGAUGGAUUUGAGUACUUGAAGGAAAGUUGCCCGCCUGUUCUGACUGAGCUAUUGGAGUACGUGGCUAGAUUUACCGAGCAUUCGGACUUUAUGUGCAAGCAUAGGAAUGAAGCAAUACUUGAUGGCAGUGACAUAAAUGGGAGGCGGGUGAAGCAAAGGCUUUAG